GCACAAAGAAAAAACGCACUCUCGUUAACCUACACCACCUUCUUAUCCCACACCCCUGUAGUUAAAAAUCCCCAAUUUUUGCACAGAUCUAAAAGUUGGGUUCAGAUCACGAAUCUCGAUUAGGGUUUGGAAUUUUUACACUUAAUUCAGAUCUCUCUGUUCUUGUUUCUUAGUACCUGUGUGAUUAUAGGGGGGAAAGAAUUGUAGAAAUGUUGACGAAGUUUGAGACAAAGAGCAAUAGAGUUAAAGGUUUGAGCUUCCACAGCAAGAGGCCAUGGAUCUUGGCGAGUCUCCACAGCGGAGUGAUCCAGCUCUGGGAUUAUCGCAUGGGCACCCUCAUUGAUCGAUUCGACGAGCACGAUGGACCCGUUCGUGGUGUUCAUUUUCACAAGUCGCAGCCGCUUUUCGUUUCCGGAGGUGAUGAUUACAAAAUCAAGGUGUGGAAUUAUAAAUUGCACAGAUGUCUAUUUACUCUUCUUGGCCAUCUUGAUUAUAUCCGGACAGUUCAAUUUCAUCACGAGUAUCCGUGGAUAGUAAGUGCAAGUGAUGAUCAGACAAUUAGAAUAUGGAAUUGGCAAUCACGGACUUGCAUUUCUGUGUUAACGGGGCAUAACCACUAUGUCAUGUGUGCCUCAUUUCACCCCAAAGAGGACUUGGUCGUUUCAGCCUCUUUGGAUCAGACUGUUCGUGUUUGGGAUAUAGGUGCCUUGAGGAAGAAAACAGUAUCUCCUGCUGAUGACAUUCUGCGAUUGUCUCAAAUGAAUACGGACUUCUUUGGUGGGGUUGAUGCUGUUGUGAAGUAUGUCUUGGAAGGCCAUGAUCGAGGGGUUAACUGGGCUUCUUUCCAUCCAACUCUCCCUCUGAUUGUUUCUGGAGCAGAUGAUCGCCAAGUGAAAAUCUGGCGCAUGAACGAUACUAAGGCUUGGGAGGUGGACACAUUGAGGGGCCAUAUGAACAAUGUUUCUUGUGUACUGUUCCAUGCAAGGCAGGACAUUAUUGUAUCAAAUUCAGAAGAUAAGAGUAUCCGGGUUUGGGAUGCUACUAAACGAACUGGCUUGCAGACGUUCCGUAGAGAGCAUGAUAGGUUCUGGAUUCUUGCAGCCCAUCCUGAGAUGAAUCUUCUGGCGGCUGGUCAUGACAGUGGCAUGAUUGUUUUUAAGUUGGAGAGAGAACGUCCUGCCUUUUCUGUCAGUGGUGAUUCAGUCUUCUAUGUCAAGGACCGCUUUCUACGUGUUUUUGAGUAUUCAACUCAGAAAGAUACUCAGCUGAUACCAAUCCGUCGUCCAGGGUCCAGUAGUUUGAAUCAAGGCCCUCGAACUCUUUCUUACAGUCCUACUGAAAAUGCUGUUUUGGUUUGCUCUGACACAGAUGGGGGUUCAUAUGAACUCUAUGUCAUCCCCAGAGAUAGUUAUGGCAGAGGCGACAUGGUUCAAGAGUCAAAAAGAGGUGUUGGGGCAGCGGCAGUUUUUGUGGCUCGAAAUAGGUUUGCUGUGCUUGAGAAGAGCAGCAAUCAUGUCCUGGUCAAGAACCUGAAGAAUGAGAUACUUAAAAAGAGUCUUCUGCCCAUUGCCACUGAUGCUAUAUUCUAUGCUGGUACUGGAAAUCUGCUCUGCAGGGCUGAGGACAGGGUUGUCAUCUUUGAUCUCCAACAAAGGGUUGUUCUUGGGGAUCUUCAAACGUCUUUUGUUAGGUAUGCGGUAUGGUCUCAGGAUAUGGAGAGUGUUGCUUUACUAAGCAAGCAUUCAAUUGUAAUUGCUGACAAGAAGCUCGUGCACCGCUGCACUCUUCACGAGACAAUUCGCGUGAAGAGCGGAGCAUGGGAUGAUAAUGGUGUUUUCAUCUAUACUACACUGACGCACAUUAAGUAUUGCCUUCCUAAUGGGGAUAGUGGAAUUAUCAAGACACUGGAUGUCCCAGUAUAUGUUACAAAAAUAUAUGGGAACACGAUCUUUUGCUUGGACCGAGAUGGGAAAAACCGUCCUAUCAUCAUUGAUUCGACAGAGUAUAUAUUUAAGCUAUCCCUGCUGAGGAAGAGAUAUGAUCAGGUUAUGAGCAUGAUAAAAAAUUCAGAACUUUGUGGACAGGCCAUGAUUGCUUACCUACAGCAGAAGGGCUUUCCACAAGUUGCUCUUUAUUUCGUGAAGGAUGAGAGAACUCGCUUCAACUUAGCCCUUGAAAGUGGUAACAUUGAGAAAGCCCUUGAAUCUGCUAAAAAGAUAGAUGAGAAAGAUUACUGGUAUAGGCUAGGCGUGGAGGCCCUUCGGCAGGGAAAUGCAGGGAUUGUUGAAUAUGCAUACCAAAAAACAAAGAACUUUGAGAGAUUAUCUUUUCAUUAUCUGAUAACUGGUAAUCUAGAGAAAUUGUCGAAAAUGAUGAAAAUUGCUGAGGUAAAAAAUGAUGUGAUGGGCCAGUUUCAUGAUGCACUAUAUCUUGGUGAUGUACGGGAGCGUGUUAAGAUUCUGGAGAAUGCAGGUCAUCUGCCCCUGGCUUAUAUAACAGCUGCAAUCCAUGGGCUCCAUGAUAUAGCUGAGCGUUUAGCUGCAGAUUUGGGGGAUAAUGUUCCUUCUGUGCCUGCAGGGAAGAAAGCUUCUCUUCUAAUACCCCCGAGUCCAGUGCUAUGUGCUGGAGAUUGGCCUUUGUUAAUGGUCAGUAAAGGCAUAUUUGAGGGUGGCCUGGAUGAUACAGGCAGAGGAGAAACCGAAGACUAUGAAGAGGCUGCAGAUGCUGAUUGGGGUGAGGCACUGGAUAUUGGUGAGGUGGACAACUUGCAGAAUGGAGACAUCAGUCUGGUGCUAGAGGACGAGGUUGUGCACGAGGAGAAUGAUGAGGAGGGUGGAUGGGAUCUUGAGGAUCUGGAUCUGCCUCCUGAUGCUGAGACACCAAAAACAGCUGCAAUUGGACGUUCUGGUGUUUUUGUGGCCCCCACACCUGGUAUGCCUGUAAGCCAGAUUUGGGUCCAGAAAUCGUCUCUUGCUGCUGAACACGCAGCUGCUGGAAACUUUGAAACAGCAAUGCGUUUAUUGAGCCGUCAGUUAGGCAUACGUAAUUUCACCCCUUUGAAGUCGCAGUUUAUUGAUCUUCACUUGGGCAGUCACAGUUAUUUACGUGCCUUUACUUCAGCGCCGUUGAUCUCAGUUGCAGUUGAGAGGGGUUGGAAUGAGUCAGCAAGUCCCAAUGUGCGAAGCCCCCCUGCUCUAGUGUUCAAUUUCUCCCAAUUGGAAGAGAAGCUCAAGGCUGGCUACAAAGCUACAACUGCUGGAAAGUUUUCUGAGGCUCUUCGACAGUUCCUGUCUAUUCUUCACACAAUUCCGCUGAUUGUUGUUGAAACACGAAGAGAGGUGGAUGAAGUCAAGGAAUUGAUUAUCAUUGUCAAAGAAUAUGUUCUUGGUUUGCAGAUGGAGCUUAAGAGGAGGGAACUGAAGGACAACCCAGUCCGUCAGCAGGUACUUGCUGCCUAUUUCACCCAUUGUAACCUCCAGCUUCCGCACUUGAGGCUUGCACUACUGAAUGCUAUGACCGUCUGCUUCAAGGCACAAAAUCUGAGCACUGCAGCCAACUUUGCCAGGCGACUUCUGGAGACCAAUCCUAGUAAUGAGAAUCAAGCCAGAACCGCUCGCCAAGUUCUGCAGGCUGCCGAGAAGAAUAUGAAAGAUGCUACACAGCUUAACUAUGACUUCAGAAAUCCUUUCGUUGUGUGUGGGGCUACAUACGUGCCAAUUUACCGGGGGCAGAAAGAUAUAACUUGCCCCUACUGCAGUACUCAUUUUGUUCCAUCUCAGCAAGGCCAGCUAUGUACUGUUUGUGAACUUGCUGGGAUAGGAGCUGAUGCAUCCGGUUUGCUCUGUUCUCCUUCACAGAUACGAUGAAUUGACCCUACGAUUUGCUUGUUUGUGACCUCUCCCAAUUAGACAAACCGGCUAAGUCGGGGAAUGUUUGCCAUCUUGAGAAACAAAGAGGUAGGAGCUCCAUACAAAGAGAUUAAGACCGAAUUUAUGCUUCUGUUCAAUAUUUGGUUUUGUUUUGCAGGAUCAGUUUCAUCAAUCUCCUACCCCUCAACCCUUUUUGGUUUUUAUGAUUACAGUUUCCAUUGUAAUAAAGUCAUGUAAGAUUUUGAUUUUGAGACCAUUCUUAUGCAGUGUGGUAAUUUAGUGUGCCUGCCCAAAUUGUGGCAACCUUGUUGCCCUUUUCUAUCCAGUACGGUGGACCCUAUAUGUUCUUUUUGCAGAUGUAAUAGACUUUUUGCAAGCUUAUACAUUUCUUUGCAUUCAGAUUUA